UCUGAAGCACUUAAGCACGUUUUUGUCCGAGUUUUUUUUAAAUCGUUUAAAAAAUAGGAUAGAUUUACAAUCGAAAUGGAUGAAGUAGUUUGUUCGAAAUGUGGACAAGCUGCCCAAUUUAAAUGUGAACGCUGUUUGGAGCCUUAUUGCAGUUCCCAGUGUCAAGUAAACGACUGGCAGGAUCACAAAUCAAAAUGCUACAAGUUUCCAAAUUUAGUACCUAUAAAUAUGUUAAAGUCUGUAUCAAGCAAUAUGCACUUGGAUAGAACUGGAGGCAGUCAACGACGACCUUACGGAUCUGCACACAAUCUGAAUGAAACUCGCCGUUCUAGUAAUCCCGUUAAUUGCAAUAAGCCGAAACCAAAAAAUUUGCUUAAUGAUGAAGACUUCACCAUGGUUCCCAAAGCAGCACCUACUGCAGCUUCCACUGUGUCGGUUGUAAAACCACUUUCGGCAAAACCAUGUACUUGGCGUGUACCAUUUCCUCCCCCAGAGGGUUUUUUUGAGGCUAUGAUUCAAUUUAAAGAAGAAGUGGAAAUUGAUAAACGUAUUGUGUGGGUUACAGAUAUAAAAUAUGAUAGUUCUCUACGUAAGCUUUUGGCUGAAAUCAAUCGUUCGAUAAAUCACAAAUGUCCCUGUAAUCCCGAGGAUAUAUAUGAGGGAGCUUUGGUAGCUGCACCUUUGGACAAAAUGUUUUAUCGAGCUGAGAUUUUGGAAACCAGUCCCGAAGUCCAAAAGGCAACUGUUCGUUUGAUAGAUUACGGCAAUGAACUUCGUGUUCCUUAUUCCCAAUUGUUUGCACCCAUACCCAUUAUGUGCAACUUAAAUGCUUAUGCCUUACGUGUCUGUUUGCCUAAUGAUUACGGGCCUCUGGAAAUUGAAAGUAUUGUUACAAUCAAAGUUGUGGGUGAUAAAAAUCCUGAAAAUUACUAUAAUGUUGAGUGCAAAUUGAAAUCCAUCCCUUUGCAUUUACCUAUCGAAUUGUUAAACAAGGAGCCGGCUUUGAAAGUUGUCAAAUGUUUUUCGGAUGGUCGCAAUGCUCUAUUACGAUUGUGUAAUGUUGGAGGAGUUGACGAUCAGGAAUUCGAUAGUCUUCUCAAUUCGCCGCAAAGUAUAAGUUUUGAAUUCGAUACAUUGCCUAAAGUUGGUGCAUUUGUAGCCGUCCGCACUCAGUUCGGAUGGAAGCGAGCACGUCUCUUGGGUUUUUGUGAAAAGCUGCACCAGUAUCUGGUUUAUACAAUUGAUGAAGGUGUUAUAACUCUUUCAACCCAAAUUAAGAGAGUACCAGAUGCGUUUGUCUCUCAACCUAUUCGGGUUUUUGCUAUAUCAACAAAUUCAACCGACUGCAUGCUUUCCGAGGCCAUGUUAACCACAGCAAAAGGCCUGACACUAGAGUUACUGCCUACAACAAGUUCAACUGUUAAUACUGAUUCUAAAACACAAUUACCCUGUGGUUUGUUCGAUGAGAAACGAAAGAUAAUGGACGUCGUAAUAGCAUCCGUUUUCACUGGUUCCCUAAGCGAAUUGGGCCUCAAAUUGUGGAACGAACGCAUUCCCGAAGGUGGUACCGUUAUUAUCUCGCACGUUCUCACUUACAAAGAGGUAUAUGUAGCUUCGCAACAGAACUGCGAAUAUUCCAAAAUACUGAUGUCAGAGUAUUCGAAUUGUGUACCGUUUGCUACCAACGAUACUAUUGAAAAAAACGACAUUGUCAUCUGGUGUCAAAAUGAGGAAGACAAAUCGUCGCUAUAUUGUCGUGGACAGAUUAUUGGAUCUGAAGGUAACGAAUUAAGGGUAAUGAAUAUUGAUAGUGGUUGUGAACAAAUUAUUGCUCACCGUUAUCUACGUAAGCCCACACAACUUGUGUGUUCUUUGCCUGUACGCUGUUAUCGGGUAAUAUUAAUGUUUUUGGAAAGCAUACCAACUCCUGUUGCUAAUAACAAAGCCUUAGAGGCUCUAGAAACAUGCAUGCAAAAUGCUGUCGAAUUUGAUAUUACAUAUAGCGAUAAAAAUACUGUGGAUUUACUCUUUCGUACCAAAGAAAAGCAAUCGCUAUGUAAAAAGUUACUGCCAAUGGUGUUUGAACCAGCUACAACACAAACUCCAAUCGCUGCAAUCUCAGCAGUGCCAGAAAACACAUCAUUCCCAUUGUCACCACCUAAUACUCCACUUGCAUGCAAACCUCCUAACACGGCCACAAUGCAAAUUCAAGCUACACAAGUUCCAGAAGCAUUGGCUUGUGCUGCGACCAUUAAGCAAAACGAAGUUUUUACAAUGGAUCAUUUAGAUGUGAUACCUAUUGUAUGUGGUGAGAAAGUUCCAUUAUAUGUUUUGGAUCCAACCACCAUACUUAACUUAGAAAGUCCAUAUAUUACGGCAUCAGACUACAACAAUAAAGAAUUUUUGGCAAAAAUGGAACAAUACUUACAAAAGGUUGCUGAGUAUUGUAAAAGUGAUAAAGCACCUAAAAACGGUUAUGCCCCAAAAAAAAUGGAAAUAUGUUUAUGCGUUUUUGCGGAUGAUGGUGAGUGGUAUCGUGCGAUGUGUGUAGAUCACAAGCCAAAUGAUACCUAUGUUGUCAUGUUUUUGGAUUACGGCAACAUGUCGAAAGUAAACAAGAAGGACAUUAUGCCCAUGAUAUCAGAUCUAAUGUUUCCUUCAAAUGCCAAUACGGUGUACGUGGAAGGUAUUACUACCAAGGAACAAGGGAUGGCAUUUAUAAAAAGUAUUCAAAUAAAUCCCAUUGUUUAUGCCAAAGUUGAUAGGAUACAUGGUGUUGAUGCUUAUAUGGCAAUGUUAUGUACUUAACUUCCAUAUUAAUUU